AUGCUUGAGUUCCGCACUGAGGGUUUCAAUGGAUAUGCAGUGAAAUACUCCCCUUUCUUUGACUCCCGCCUUGCGGUUGCUGCAUCAGCGAAUUUUGGCCUUGUUGGAAAUGGCAGGCUUUACAUUCUCGACUUGACACCCAACGGCAUCGUCCCUUUGAAAUACUUCACAACGCAAGAUUCUCUUUACGAUAUUGCUUGGUCCGAAAUCCAUGAAAACCAAGCCCUCGUGGGUUCCGGGGAUGGAAGCAUUAAGCUCUUCGAUGCUACAGUGGAUGAGUUUCCUGUCCAAGGAUGGAAAGAACAUUCUCGAGAAGUUUUCUCAGUACAUUGGAAUUUAGUAGCUAAGGACCGAUUUUCCUCCAGUAGCUGGGACGGAACCGUUAAAAUUUGGUCCCCCUCCAGACCGCAAUCACUCUUAACUCUCCCGACACAUAGCUACUCGCACCUCCGCGUCUUCGAUUUGCGCACACCUGCCUCCGCAAACAAUCACCUUACAGUACAAAUCCCGAUUCACAAAGGAUCAUCGGUACCUACGAAGCCAGGAUUUCAACCUGCACCCGCUUCGUGCCCUCCAUCAGAGGCUCUGACGCAUGACUGGAACAAAUAUCGACCUUCAGUUCUUGCCACGGCCGGUGUCGACCGUACAAUCCGUACCUUUGAUAUCCGUGCUCCGCAUCAGGGUCCUCUCUCUGCCAUGAUUGGACAUGAAUAUGCCGUCAGAAAAGUUACCUGGUCACCGCAUCUUUCGCACGUUCUGCUUAGCGCUAGCUAUGACAUGACUUGCCGUGUUUGGAGCGACUGCUCCGAUACCGGAACGCCUGGUGAUGAUGCGGGCUUCGUGCAUGGUGGACCGAGCGCUGAAUCAGCAAUGGGCAGGGAGCUGGGGCGCAUGGGGCGCCAUACGGAGUUUGCCACAGGUGUAGAUUGGUGUCUCUUUGGGAGUGAAGGGUGGUGCGCAAGUUGUGGGUGGGACGAAAGGCUCUGUGUUUGGGAUGUAAGAGCGGUGAUUGCCUGA